GAUGCCAUUACCACCAACAAGAUUAUGAUCUUUUCGAAGACGACCUGUCCGUAUUGCCGACGCGCUAAAGCACUUUUCACCGAGAAGUUUCCCGAGGAAUCCCCCGUCGUAUUCGAAUUGAAUGAACGCGAGGACGGUGCCGAUAUUCAAGCGUAUCUGCUGCAGAAGACCGGGCAACGAACCGUUCCGAAUAUCUUCAUUAACGAGAACCAUGUUGGCGGUAACGAUGACACACAGACGGCAUUCAAAUCAGGAGAGUUGAAGCGUCUUAUCGAUGCAUGAUAUAUGCGUUGAAUCCGAUUGGGGUGUACAAUGAAGGUUUUCGAACGGACGACUAAAUGCGUCUUAAUAUCAUCUGAGCGUCGCUCAUGUCUGUGAGAGAUUCGAAAUAAUUGUCGAUCUCACGAGAGCAGAACGUUUCUGCAUCUUCUGGAACCACACCGUUCGCGAAGUACUCGCUAAUAAGCCGGAUCGCGCAUUGGGUUGUUGGUGCGAGAUAAGAAUGUCCUAGUACCAUAUCAGAUUGAGCCCGGAUAUGGAAGUAUGUGUAUUCACCCGGCACGUCUUGAAGUACAAGACGGCUCGAAGCUCCCAUCGUGUUCUGCACGAUCUUCGCACUUGAGUAUGGAGUGAUUGGAUCGUCUGUUAUCUCGAGAAUAAGCUCGUGUGUGACAUGCAUAAGCAACACUCACGCGUAUUGGCGAGCAACAGUGCGGGUGUCGUCAAGGUUUUCUGGAUGGUGCCAGUCGAGUCAAAAAUGGGAAAUGAUGCAAGCAUUGACUGACAUUAAACGGUCCCUAGAACUAGUCAGUAUGGCCCUAGAUAUCCC